CACCCAGGCUAGCCCGACCAGCGAGGUUCGCGUAUCUAUCGGUCGUCCGUAUUCCUCAGGCGUCCAGCCUUCCGCUUUCACUCACUCUGAGUCUCCGAUAUGGAGCUGCCUGACCAUGCGACGAUAGCUAAUGUGUGGUUGGAUGAAAUAGAUGUGGAGGGCGACGAGGUUGACACUCGGGAUGAAGACAUGGAUGACGAGGAAGAUGUAAUGGAGGAUGACUACGACGAAGACGGAGACUUUGAUCCUGACGAAGAAGCCGACCUGCUCGCAGAAGAAGGCCUGAUCAGCGAGUCAGAAAUUGCAGAUAUUCGGGCCGAUGCUGAAACGAGCAGAGUAUUGGAAGAGAUGGCCACGCAAGCAGAAUUGACCAACGCUUCAGCGGAAAGCGUUGUCGCCCGAAGUCAAGCCUUGACGGCUGUUAUCCAGCGGCUUAUGCAAGCACGCAGAGGCUCUAUCCGUGUUACUAAUGCCGGUAUACCCACUCUUGGCGUUAGAACAGAUGGUGGGAAUGAAGAAGAAGACGAUGAUGACGAUAGUGCCUUCUUAUACAGCCGCUGGGCCCCUCCAAAAAGCGCUGCUAGAUUUUUUCAACCUCUGUUACAACCCGUCAAAGCCGGCCUAGAUCUACUUUCCAGUGGAGAGUUCGGCAGCACAGAUCUGAGUCUGCGAAAUUUGAGCGGGGAGAGGGCUUCACUCGCCAGAAUUCUUCGAGAGCGAGAGCUGAGCAACAACCCCAGAACAAGAGAAGAACUCGGUCGCACUUACAUUCCGAACUCUCAUGGAACGAUUGUUGGGUUGUAUGGGGCGAACGUGUAUUCUGGACAGUUCUCUGCUGAUUCAUCUUUUUUCUACACGUGCAGCCAAGAUUUCAUGCUUCACAUAUAUGAUACGACUGCCCCGCCGUCCGGCCAAAUUCAACGUCCAUCAUUUCCGCAGCAACGGUACCGUCGAUGGGGAAUAGAUGAGUCCGAAGAGCAUCAGACCACGAUGAAGACAGUGAAAAGUAUGAGAGGAAAUCCUGGGAGCUGGACUAUCACGGAUGUUGACCUAAGUCCGGAUAAUGAAAGAAUGAUUUAUUCAAGCAUUACCUCAACGAUAUACAUGGCUAGAACGCGAGAUCCUACAGACGAGGAACAAAUACCCCUUUACUUCCACGACAGGAUAGGUCGUCGGUUGCGUACUGUUGGGGACGACGACGGAGGAUUCAACAUUUGGUCGUGUCGUUUUUCUGCCGACGGCACGGAAGUGGUCGCUGGCGCUGGGAACAAACAGGAUGGAAUUCUCUUCGUCUACGAUUUGAACGCCCAGCGUAGGGUUCUUAAGAUCACCGCUCACGAGGACGAUAUCAACAGUUGCUGUUGGGCGGAUACUGCUAGUGGGAAUGUGCUGAUUAGUGCAUCUGAUGACACCUUCGUCAAGGUUUGGGACCGACGAUCCCUUAGUGGUGGAAAGCCUUCAGGAGUGCUGGUCGGCCACACCGAAGGCAUUACGAAUGUUGCUCCUAAGGGCGACGGGCGAUAUGUUAUUUCAAAUGGUAAAGACCAGGGAUUACGCCUUUGGGAUCUACGCAAAAUGCGUAGCAGCCAAGAAUUUGAAGAAAUGUCUCGAACGCAUUAUGGAAUACCGGAGUGGGAUUACAGGAGUGGUGUAUAUCGCACACCUCGUUACCUCGCCCAUCCCAAAGAUUGCAGUGUCAUGACUUUCAGAGGGCAUACUGUACUGCGCACUCUCAUACGGUGCCACUUCAGUCCCGCCGCGACCACUGGGUCAUCGUAUGUUUACUCAGGCUCGGCUGAUGGGAAGAUACAUAUUUGGAGCCUGGAUGGUAGAAUUGUUCAAGUCUUGGACCGCGCCAAAGCAUUGCCUAUCAGCUUUGAUGCGUCAAGCGAGGCACCACCACUUACUUCCCGCCGCAGUCAGAGUGGUGUCAUCGUUCGAGAUGUGAGCUGGCAUACUUCGGAGCCAGUCCUUAUGUCGAGCGCAUGGGCGGGAUCCCGGAUGGCCAGCAGUGUGGCUCGGCAUGAGUGGAAGGGCUUCGGUCGGAAUGGGAUGACCCUGGAAGAUGUUGUCGAGAAAGAGGCAAUGGAAUCCACUGAGCGCACGAUGCCUGGUGCCUUCACUUCAGCUGUGCGUGAUGUGUAUUAA